UCAUUUUCAUUGGAUUGACCACCAUUUUCCUCUUCACAUUGUCGACCAUUUUAUUGUUUGUGGCUAGUUGGUGGUUUUUAUUUCGAAGCCAGCUGUUAUCUUUUAGUUGUUUUCAAAGUUCCUUUCAUUGUGCAUAAGGGGUGGGCGGUGCGUUGUCUUAGGUUUCGGCCGGACUAGCGUAUCGUCCGGACUUUGUGCCACUUCUGAGAAGACCAAAUUUCGUGAUUUCGACCUUGUGGUACUAAUAUAAUCAAGCCACGAUGACCCGUGGAAAUCAAAGAGAUUUGGCUCGCGCUAAGAACCAGAAGAAGCAGCAGGAGUUGGCCAAGAAGAAAAAUGCUAAUGAUAAGACGGGGAUGUCUUUAUCUGAAAGGAAACAUAGGGAUGCGGAACUUAUGAGAGAGAAACAACGGAAAAAGGAGGAACAAGAAGGCAUCCAUCAGAAACAAGCCGUAAAUUAAUAUUUCAUUCUUAUGAACAAUCACAAGUUUAUUGAGGAGGUGAAAUGGUUCAAGUGAUAACAUAACAAGCAAUUUAAAUAAGAAAUGUUUUAAAUUAUCAGUUCCGACAUAAAGCUAAUAAUACCACCUUUAAGAUUUUUCUUUGUAUUAUAUUAAGUAAGCAAUGGUUCACAAGCUUCACAAUACUAUUAUGAUCUGAAUAGCGUGCUAAAUAGCAUCCUCUGUAUCUUAGCAUUUAUGCAACUAUUCAAGUUAAUUUUGACUGAAUAUGUUUGUAUGUAUGUAUACUACUACUCAAAAUACCCCUUUUUUGUACAAUAGAGUAUUAGAAUAAGUACAAAGUA